UCAAGGAGGAAUGUUUUGAGACAACCUGUCAAGUCAGGGGAAGAUUGAAGUGGAUUCAAGGAGCUUUGCAAGGUUAGAUUUCAUUUUCUAUUUCACUAAGUGAAACACCCACAAAUGGGUAUAUAAGGACUGGGUUCCUUGACUCACUCGCAGAGCUUUGGACCAGCUAUCUGCAGCAUCUGUACCUGAGGGUAGAUUGCAUCUCGCUCGCUCUCACUCCUUCUCUGCUGCCUCAGACAUGGCUCUUGUGCUCAGACUGAUGUUCCUCUGUGCGCUUCUCUGCAUCGCUCUCGCCUACACCGAGAAUGGUGGAAUUAUGGACUGCUGCCUGUCCGUCAGCAGGAAGAGAAUCCCGGGAAGGAUUGUGGCAAACUACCUGCGGCAGGAACCCGCGGACGGCUGCCGGAUCCGUGCUGUGGUUUUCAUCACAGUCAGAUCCAGGCGCCUGUGCGCCCCUCCUUACAAGUACUGGGUCAGGGAACUCAUCCACAUGAUAGACCAGAACGCAAAGGCCUCAUCAUGGUAGAGCUGAGCGGCUGGCGGCUGGUACAGGGAGAGACAUUGCUCCCCAUCCCCACCCCCACCCCCAGCCUCACCGUCUGCUCCCUGUUUUGUAUCACUUCCUUUUAUUGCAAUCACAGUCAGCGCCUUCCUCUCCCACCCCCACCCAUACCCCUAUCCUCAACCCCACCCAUCCACA